CUUGGGACACCUGGAGCAUAAUCGUUACUGAGGUGCCUCAGCUAAGCUUGCUUGACUUCUUCUCUUUAGAGAAACACCCGCACUGUGGAAUCGAGAAGAGAGGUGGUUAGGACAAUUCGCCUUAGGCGCUGAGGGUUUGUGGGUUUCUUCGCUAAGAAAUUAUGCUCUUGACAAAAGAGAGUUUGCAACCCGGCACCUCCAGGUGCUGGAUGUGGGACCCUACACAGCUUGCAAGUGGUGUGGUGUUGUUGUUUGCCUAAGCCAGUACCACGCCAGGCCUGACCGGAUCCAGCCCUCUGUUCGAGCGCAUGGGCCUGGUGAAGAACCAUGAAUCGAUCAAGACACAUGGGCAAGAUCCGGAGGCGGCUGGAGGACGUCAAAAACUGGUCCUUCCGGCUGGCGAAACUGGAUUUCAGUCACAACGAAAGUGUCCGGCUGGCCACGGACGCCCUCUUAGAUGGCGGUCUCCAGUCUUAUCUCAAGGCCUUGGAUGAAGAAGGAGAAGUGGACUUCUUGUCCACAGUGGAAGCUCAGUACAUCAAGAGGAACAUGAGGGAGCCUUACUACGCCAGCGACACGCACCCCGAUGGCGAAACCGGGCCGAGGCAGAAUAAUGACACCAGGUCCCUCCAGUCAGGGACGUACUUCCCUCUCGUCUCAGAGAGCAGCGAACCGGCUCUUCUCCACACAUGGAGUGCGUCUGAGAAGCCCUACCUGAAGGAGAAGUCCAGCGCCACGGUGUAUUUCCAGACGGAUAAGAACAGCAAUAUCCGGGACCUCAUACGCCGCUGUAUCAACAAGACCAGUCAGGUACUGGCUAUCCUGAUGGAUGUGUUCACUGACACCGAGAUAUUCUGCGACGUCUUGGAAGCCGCAAACAAACGGAGGGUGUUUGUCUACCUGCUGCUCGACCACAGCAACCUAAAGCUCUUCACCGAAAUGUGUGACAAGCUCCAUGUGGCCGAGGGUCACUUCAAGAAUAUUUCCGUGCGGAGCGUCACAGGGGAGGUUUACUGUGCCAAAUCGGGCCGAAAAUUCUCCGGGCAAAUCCAAGAAAAAUUCAUCAUCUCCGACUGGAGAUACGUUCUGUCUGGAUCAUACAGCUUCACAUGGUUGUGCGGCCAAGUCCACCGCAACUUCCUCUCCAAGUUCACGGGCCAAGUGGUGGAGCUGUUCGACGAGGAGUUCCGGCACCUCUACGCCCUAUCCAAGCCUGUGGCUGGGUUGAGACCUCCCUCACACACGUCCCUCUUCCUGCUCAACAAGAGCACGGCGGCCACCCAAGGCAGCCUCACCAACAGCAGCAACCAGGGCAGCCUCCGCACCCCGUCGGACCCCUUCAGCUGCCCGUCGAACCACAGCGGCUCGCGAAGCAGGCAACCGCCCAAGGCUCCUGUUCGUAGCAGCCACCCGGCAUCUCCAUCGCCUCUCAGCAGGGUCCAUUCUUUCCACGGUUACACCACCUACAUGAACCCGCAGCCAAACGGCAUCCAGGUCAACUACUACCACCGGCAAUACAUCAGCGACUCGCCGGCGGUCCUUUACAACAAAGUCAACAUCUACAGGCCUAUGAGGAUGAGGCAAGAGGAUGUCAAAAGGGCACAGAUGAACCCAGUCUGGAGGUGCCUUCACAAUGCUAACCUGCUUGGAUGACUUGACUGGGGCCAGGGGUUUGCUGUCUUUGUGGGAAUGCUUAGGGAUGCGGGGGAGGAUAUAUUGUCCAAGAUAUCUUAUCCCAACUUGUCUUUACAAGUUCAACAAAAUCAGCAGAGUUAACAUUCCCCCCUUUUUAAAAACACACGCACUGCAGAUAGCUUGCUCAGACUCGUUAGAGUCUCUGUAAAUAUUUCCUAGUAUUUUCCCCAUUUAAUCCCUCCUAGAAUAAGAUGCUACACAGUCUUCGGUAAAGUAUAAAACGAAUCCCCAU